AUGAUUUCCUUGUACAACUUUUUGUGUCUCGCGCUGGCGGGAUUGGUGCUCCAGUAUGUCGCCGGGAUCUUGUCAACGCGUCAACGAAUGCAAGGCGCCAAGCUUCCCCCGGGUCCCAAAGGAUGGCCGUUUCUUGGAAACGCACCAGAGCUAGCUUCAGCUAACAUCAACGGCAUCAUUGGCAUCUUCAAGAAGUGGGGACAGGAGUAUGGCGCUAUUACUCAGUUCAGUGCCAUGGGGGACAAGCAAGUAAUCCUUACUGAUGAGAAAAUCGCGAGAGAGCUAUUCGUCAAGAGGGGAAAUAAGUACUCUGAUCGUGGAGCCCCCCAUGCUGUGGAAUACAUCUCAAUGAAACAGAAUCCUGGUUUUAGGCCAAAGGACGAGGGAUGGCGUCGCCAGAGAAGCAUGAUGCAGAGCGCGGUCAACAUCACCUCCAUCAAUAAAUACCAAAGCCUCAUGGACGAUGAAGCAACGUUUACCUUGCACGCGUUGGUUCAAUCUCCCGACUCUUUUCACGGCGAGUUUUUGCGAUACUCCUACUCAGUGCUCACAACUUCGCUACUCGGUUUCUCAGUCCGCUCUGCAUCUGACCCAUAUAUCCGCCAAAAUGAAGAUUUUACGGCCGAGCUCAUGAAUUCUUUCCGUCCCGAUUGCUUCCCUAGCAAUGUGUUCCCAGUACUAAGAAAAAUGCCUAUGUGGCUCAUGCCUAGCUUGAGAACGAUGGAACGACUCAGGAAGGAGUAUGUAGACCAUAUGUGGGCUUUCCGGGGUAGGAUGGAGAAGAAGGUUAAGGAUGGCUUGGCGACAGAGUCCAUCUAUAAGCACUUCCUUUUGAACAGAGACGAGUAUAGUGUCACCGAUGAAGAGUCAGUUCAUACUUUUCAAGCUAUGAUUGACGGUGGAACCCGUUCCCCUCAUAACAACUUACUCACGUUCUUGUUCUUGAUGAUGGAGUUCCCUCAGUGGCAGAAGAAGCUUCAAAAGGAGGUUGACGACGUUGUUGGUAAGGAUCGGAUGCCAAGCUAUAUGGAUAUUCCCAAUCUGCCUACUGUGAGAGCUAUUGUGAAGGAGACUGUGCGAUACAGAAGCAUCGUUGCAGAAAUGGGAAUCGGCCACUGCUUAGACACGGAUGACAUCUACGAGGAUUACUUUUUUGAGAAAGGAACUGUAUUCAACGCGAUAUUUGCAUCUAUCCUCAUGGACAAGGAAACUUAUCCGGACGGCGAACUUUUCAACCCUGCCCGGUGGCUUGAGCCCAGCUACCCGACCUACAAGGAACCUCUAACUUUAUAUCCUCACUGCCGCAACUUUCCAGCAUUUGGUUACGGCAGGCGAGCAUGCCCGGGCGUCGAUUUUGCAGAAAGGACCCUAGUCAUAAUGUUUGCUAAGUUAGGAUGGACGAUGAACAUCCGAUGGCCGGCAGAUGAGAAUGGCAAUGAACUUCGAGAGACACUAAAGUAUGAGCCAGUGCCAGCUCCCAGACCAUUGAAAUUCAGUUGCAAGCUUGAGGCUCGGGACUCAGAGCGAGUCAAUAUUGUAGAGAGGGCAGCACGGAAUCUGAAUCUGCAUUAG